AUGCCAGAGUCUAUUGUCAAACAAGUCACCUGUGAUUGCUGUAACAAGCAAAAAAAGUGGCCCCACACCCUGGAUUGCCUUCACAGCUUCUGCUUUUCCUGCAUAGCAUCGCGAUUUAAUACAGCAGAUAAAACUAUUUCCUGCCCCAAGUGCACCCGCAAAACUAUAGCCAAAGAUGGGCCUUGUAACAUCCUCCUUGACUACCAAGGAGCAAGGUAUAUGAGGGAGAAAUUGAAGAUAUUCCCAUUCAGCUGCACCGGAUGUACCCGUGAUCAGGAAGCCGUCACCUGCUGCACCACCUGUAUGGCUUUUCUUUGCGCCGAAUGUAAAGAUGGACACAAGACCAUUCAUCACUUUCAGGGCCACAAUCUCACCCCCAUUACAAAGAUAGGGAAAUGCAUUGAUGGUGACUACAAGCCACUUUGUGAGAAGCACGCAAGCGAACCCCUGAGCAAGUACUGCUGCACAUGUGAGCUGAUGAUGUGUGACAAGUGCGUCAGUGACCACCACCACCCAGAGUCACCUAAAAAUAGUCAUGAUAUUCAUGAGAUCUAUUAUAUUGUCGUGGAGAGGUUGAAGACCUGGAAUGAGGAUGCAAGCAUCAAGCACAAAGACGUCAUGGAGAUGACCAAAAAGGUACCUGUUUUACUUCAGUCAAUGGACAACAAAAGAAGGGGGAUACGGAAACAGAUCGAGGACUACUCUGAUUACUGUAAAACUGUCGUGGAUCAAAACCGGAUGGCUGCAUUGGAAAUGUUGGACAAGACGCAUGCAGCAAUGGAGGGUCAUGUAAUGCUUUGGUCCAAGCUGAUCACUGCCAUUGAACAGGAACUAGAGGCUGUAUCAUCAUUUAACACUCGCACUUUGGAAGGGGGAUCCAUCUUAGACCUUCUUAAAUUGUUGCCAACAAUGGAGAAUGAGUACAAGAGAUGUGUUGCUGGAUAUGCAGAUACUGUUAAAGACAAUGAGGGAAUUAAAAUUGAUAUAAAGUUUGAUCCGAAUUACAAGGAAUCGCACACAGUUCUAAACCAGAAUUUUAUGUCCAUCAGUUUUUCAGUAAAUGAUGUUGAACAGAAGGUCUCACCCACACCAGGGACUCAGAGAAAUGAGUUCAAUAGGGGACGCACCAUGUCAGACUACGGUGUUGGAGGAUCUGAUAACCCAGACUGUAAUUAUCAGCGCUGGUCUGCCGCACCUGACUCUAUGUCCAUCUCAACCUGGAAUAAUGUCAAUGAGCGAGACAGGAAAGGUGGCACCUUUAUACCCCACCUUAACCGAUGCCGUACUAAAACAUCUUACAUCCAUAUGUUUGGAGAGUAUGGUAGAUCGGAAUAUGCCUUUACAGAACCAAGUGGCCAAGCUUACUUAAAAGAUGGAUCUUAUGUCAUUUGUGACACUAACAACCAUCGCAUUGUUUACUACAAUAACAAGCAUGAAUUUGUUCGUACCAUUGGCCAACCUCCAAACUUGCCACCAGUAGCUGAGGACUCCGAAAAUCGCAACAAUGGACUUCGCAACAAAGGCUUCACAAGGCAGGAGGGUUUUCUGUACUUUCCUAAUAGGGUUGCAAUAUGCCCCAUCACACAGAAUAUAAUUGCGACAGAGCGCCCACCAAGUCAUGACAUUCAGAUCUUUACCAUUGAAGGAGAGUUUGUUAGAUGUUUUGGAGGCAACAUAUUACAACACCCAAGAGGGGUUACUGUAGAUGAAGAGGGAACCAUCAUUGUUGUGGAGUGCAAAGUAAUGAAACUGGUCAUGUUUGGCCAAGAUGGGAAUUUUAUUGUCUCACAUUCCCUCACCAAAGAUCUUGAGUUCCCCAAUGAUGUUGCUGCUAAAGAUGGUAAGAUCUUCAUCAGUGAUAACCGAGGUCACUGCGUACAAGUUUUCAAUUAUGAUGCAGAUUUCUUGUACAAGAUUGGCAAUGAAAGCAUCACCUACUUCCCCAUCGGAGUCUCCAUCAAUUAUCUGAAUCAAGUUGUUGUCACAGAUAAUCACAACACUUUCAACAUCACAGUGUUUGAUAUCAGUGGCCAAGUCCUGAAUAUUUUUGAAUCGGUCAGCAAGCUUGCCCAAUGCCACAAUGUGGCAGUUCAUCCCAGCAGUUUGGAGCUUAUGCUAACCACCAAAGAUUGCAGUGUCUACUUUUUCAACUAU